CAAUCACACUUGUAUAAAACAAGAAUGUACAUCGAAACUUAUAAAAUAUAAAAGAAUUACACAAUAUUAUUACACUAACGCAAAUGACAAAAACUAAUCAGCGAAAUUAGUUUUAUAUUCUUAUUAUAAUACCCCUAAAUUUGUUCCAUUUCCGGAUUCAAAAACUUCAUCUUGCAUUUGUAUCAAUCCAAAAAAGAAACAACAGAAAACACUUUGGCUAAACACCGAAAAUGGUUAAGAUUGAAUGAGAAAAAGUCGAAAUAAUAACAAGUUUAACAACCACUUGUUGUCUUAAAAGGAAUAUUCCACACAAAUCAUCCCAAAAUUCUUUCCUAUAUUCCAAAAUACCACCCCAAAAAUCCAAACAAAAUCACACGAAAUUACACGUGGCAACAAACGACACCCACCUUAAAAAAAACAAGUCUAUUUCUCCGCAAUUUGGCGCACAACAAAUCCUCCUCUCCUUCCCCUCCAUUUCAUUUCUCCUCCACAUUAUAUUAUACAAAAGUGAAACUACAAAAUUAUUUAAAUUCUCAAAUCCUUCAUAAUUUAUAGUGAUUGUUUGAUUGUUACAUUGAUUAGAUAUGUCGUCGGCGGCAACGGAGAAGUUGCUCGGCGACAGUGAGCGGGUGCACUACACACCAAUGCAGCCGGCGUCGUCGGCGAAAACAACUUUGUUACGGCAAGGCUCUGAUAUUACGGCGGCGAUGUAUUCUCCGAUUUUCGAGGAACUUCCAAAGGCGACGAUAUUGUCUGUAUCAAGGCCUGAUGUUAGUGAUAUUACUUCUCUGCUUCUUUCUUACACUUACACCAUUGAAGUCCAGUACAAGCAGUUCAGGUGGCUGCUACAAAAGAAAGCUACGCAAGUUCUCUCCUUGCACAUUUCUUUGAAGAAACGAGCAAUCUUUGAGGAAUUUCAUGAGAAGCAAGAGCAGGUGAAAGAAUGGCUUCAUAAUCUAGGAAUAUUAGAUCAUGCAGCAGUGAUGCAUGAUGACGAUGAUUUUGAUGAUGAUGUAGUUCGCGCUCACCAGGAUAGUAGUUCACGUUAUCACAACAUUCCCUCUAGAGCUGCCUUUUCCAUCAUCAAUCCAUCUGUUGGGAGGCAGGAGUUCGUUGCAGAAAAAGCAAAGGUCGCAAUGCAGGGAUAUUUCAAUCACUUUUUAGGCAACUUGGAAAUUGUAAAUUCUCGACCGGUGUGUAAGUUUUUGGAGGUAUCCAAACUAUCAUUUCUACAAGAAUAUGGCCCAAAGUUGAAAGAGGAUUAUGUGUCAGUGAAUCAUCUAGUGAGAAUGCCACGGAAAAAUGUCACUAGACACUGUUUUCCUUGUCAGUUGUUCGGUUGUUGCCGAUGGCAAAAGGUGUGGGCUGUGCUAAAACCUGGCUUCUUAGCCUUUCUAGAAGAUCCUCUUGAUAUGAAAUUAUUGGACAUAAUUAUUUUUGAUUCAUUACCAUCCUCAUGUAAUGAAAAAGUAUAUCUAGCUUAUGAGAUCAAAAGCCGCAAGCCUCUACAUUAUUCGUUUAAGAUCUCCUGUGGCAACUGGAGUGUAAGGCUGAGAACUUCCAGCAGUAACAAAGUCAAAGACUGGGUAGCUGCAAUUAAUGAUGCUGUUCAAAGGCCACCUGAGGGUUGGUGCCAUCCUCAUCGUUUUGGCUCUUUUGCACCCCAAAGGAAGAGUGACGAUGGGAGCGAGGCUCAAUGGUUCAUAGAUGGGGAAUCGGCAUUUGAUGCUAUUGCUACAGCCAUUGAGAAUGCUAAGGCAGAGAUAUAUAUUACUGGUUGGUGGCUCUGCCCAGAGCUAUAUCUGAGGCGUCCUUAUCGGAAUCAUGAGUCCUCCCGGUUAGAUGUCUUACUUGAAUCUAAGGCGAAGGAAGGAGUUCAGAUUUAUGUACUUCUUUACAAGGAGGUUUCUAUAGCUUUAAAAAUUAACAGUCUUUAUAGUAAAAGAAGACUCCUCAACAUUCAUGACAAUGUGAGAGUGUUGCGCUAUCCUGACCAUUUGGCAACUGGAAUAUAUUACUGGUCACACCAUGAAAAGAUCGUAGUUGUUGAUAACCAAAUAUGCUUUAUUGGAGGCCUUGAUUUGUGCUUUGGACGUUAUGACACAGUUAGUCACAGAGUGGGUGAUCUUCCUUCCCAAGUUUAUCCAGGAAAAGAUUAUUACAACCCCAGAGAGUCAGAACCAAAUUCUUGGGAAGACAUGAUGAAAGACGAAUUGGAUCGCCAAAAAUAUCCUCGUAUGCCAUGGCAUGAUGUUCACUGUGCUCUUUGGGGACCACCCUGUCGUGAUGUUGCUAGGCACUUUGUUCAGCGGUGGAACUAUGCUAAGAAAAGUAAAGCUCCAUAUCAACGGACAAUACCUCUGCUCAUUCCUCGUCAUCACAUGGUUCUUCCCCAUUAUUUAAGAAGUACAGAGAUUAACAUCCCGAAGAAUGAGGAGCGACAUAGUGAAAACACAAAUAGACAGGAUCUCUUUUCUCCAGAAUCACCAGAACUGGAUGUCCCACUGCUUCUGCCUCGAGAUUCAGAAGCAGUAGAUGCAUCAAGAUGUAAUAAUACUGUUCAAAAUAUUCAAAAUAACUUUGAUUGGACAAACGAGGAACAUGGAAAUUCAUCUUUCCAUGAUGCUAAAGUUGAAUCUGUAACCCAACAUACACAACUCGAUGAGUUAGUCGAUCAAGCUCAACCUGAAAACAUGUCUGAUAAAAUGCUGUCCUCUUCUACUCCGAAUUCAAUUGAGUGGUGGGAGGCACAAGAGCGAGGUAAACAGGUUGAUUUCACGAGUAAACCUUCCCAAAUUGGUCCCCGUACUUCAUGUCAUUGUCAGAUUAUCAGAAGUGUUAGCCAUUGGUCAGCUGGAACAAGCCAAGAUGAAGAAAGUAUUCAUAAAGCUUAUUGUUCCCUUAUUGAGCAAGCAGAACACUAUAUUUAUAUUGAGAAUCAAUUUUUCAUAUCAGGCCUUGAAGAAGAUGACAUAAUACAGAAUCGAGUCAUGGAGGCUUUAUGUAGGCGUAUACUCCUAGCACAAAAACAACAAAAAUGCUUCAGAGUUAUUAUAGUCAUACCUCUGCUGCCGGGAUUUCAGGGUGGUAUGGAUGAUGCUGGUGCAGCUACUGUGAGAGCCUUAAUGCAUUGGCAAUAUCGAACCAUUUGCAGAGGAGAAAACUCAAUAUUCCAUAAACUUAAGGCUGAACUUGGUUCGAAGACAGAUGAUUACAUUUCAUUUUAUGGCCUUAGAACAUAUGGCAGGCUUUAUGAAGGUGGACCUCUGGUCACCAGCCAGGUAUAUGUCCAUAGCAAGCUGAUGAUAAUUGAUGACCGUAUUGCUUUAGUUGGGUCAUCCAACAUCAAUGACAGGAGCUUGCUUGGAUCAAGAGAUUCUGAGAUUGGAGUAGUUAUUGAAGAUAAAGAGUUUAUAGAGUCAUCUAUGAAUGGACAGUCUUGGAUGGCCGGAAAAUUCAGCUCAAGUCUCCGGCUUUCCCUAUGGGCUGAGCAUCUUGGACUCUCUGCUGGAGAGAUGAAUCAGAUCAAAGAUCCUGUGGCUGACAAAACAUACAAAAAUUUAUGGAUGGAAACUGCCAAGGCAAAUGCUUUGAUUUAUGACGUCGUCUUUGGAUGCACACCAAAUGAUCGUAUACACUCCAAGAAUGCUUUUAGACAAGAAAUGUCGCAGUUAACAGAGAGUAUUGGUUAUACAACCAUAGAUUUUGGUGUAGCGCCUCAAGUGGUAAAGUUUUAUGAAGAUGGGAUGCUUAAGACAUCAGACCCUCUAGAGAUGUUAAAAUCGGUCAAGGGUAACAUUGUUUGCUUUCCCUUGGAAUUCAUGAAGCACGAAGAUUUGAGACCUAUGUUCCACGAAGGAGAGUUUUAUACUUCUCCUGAAGUAUUUCACUAGCAUGCUUUCCAUUUCAUGGUAAGCAUACAUAAAACAUUUAGUUGUGACUUGUGAAUAUGGGUUUAGCAGAAACUUGAAAGAUGGGUGGAUAGUCGGAUAAACUAUACUAUGGUUGUGUAGGAAAUUCUUUGGGUAUUGGGUAGAACUCGUAGAAGAUUCAAUUUUUAGGGUCCCUCUUGUUCAAGCAUUUUAAACUUUUAACUAUACUAGUUUAAAUCUCAUGUAACAUAGAUGAUGAUUGAUUCUUUGUUUUACUAGCUUGACAAUAAUAUUGUACAGAAAAUUUUGAAAUUUGUCUAAUGAAUUUGACAAUAAUAAUAAUGUACAUAGUGAAUUUGAAAUCACUUGACUUGGCUU